ACAAUUUUUAUUUCAUUUUCGUUAUUAAGAUGGUUCAUAAAUGUUACAUUUUUAUAAAAGCACCACAGCAGCUCUUCAAUAAUAUCUAAAGGAAAUUAACUGGUUUAUGCUGGCACUGUAUGUAGCAACACAAAAUAAUCAAAUCAAUUUUGAAUUACAUUUUCAUAUCUCUGACUAAUUUGUAUAAUCAGAAACAAAUAGUGGCCAGAGGUCAUAGGAAGCUUCUUUCCCCACUGUCCACCCACUCACGGGCCUUAGAGACAGGAGCUGCCCUCCAGAAUGUUCCCUCUUUCCACGGGACACUGUUUCUCCCUGCAGAGUGCAACCGAAUUCAUGCAAAGCAGCAAAUCAGCUGAUAUCCACUUGUGACUCUUCUUUUCCUGCUGGCCCUCCAACCCAUUUCCCACCCCCAAGACCCAUUAGUCAGUUUAAAUCCACAUUGUUAAGUUCCAGGAAAGAAAAAAAAAGUUUCUCUUUUUUUCCAUUCUUGAUCAUCAUUGUUCGGGAGCUUGCAUGGGUCUCCUUUACAAAUACAAACAGGUUUGUUGAGGGGGCAGCAGAGAUUCUUGGAAUGUUGCGAAGACAAACUGGAGUUGUGUAACUAUCACACAGCCAACGUAGUGGGGGGAGUGGUGCAAGGCACGAGCUAUAAGUGUGGCCAAACAGGACGGUUCAACAUUAGACAAGCACCUGCAGCUGAGUGAGAUCUAUUGGGAUUGCUUAGUGAACAUCUGCAUUUAUUUCUACUACAACAUACAUGCAAAAUGGAAUCAAGAACUGCUCUGAUCUUCACUUUUACCUUGUGCACGACUCUUCUUGAAGGCUGGGGGUUGCCUCUAGUGCCCCAGACUGACCUGAGUGACCCGUCUGCAACCCACAGGGUCAGGAGCAAACGCUGCUCCUGCAACAACCAGCUGGAUUCAGAAUGCCAUUAUUUCUGCCAUCUGGACAUCAUCUGGGUGAACACGCCAAGUAAGACCACAGUGUAUGGACUGGGCAGUCCGUUGGCUCGCCGGCGCAGGUCUACGGGCCGCUGCUUAUGUGCUAGUCCUGCAGAUCAAACAUGCAAUGCAUUCUGUCACUACAGCUCUGAAAAUCCUGCCAUCAUGCUGAUUCACCCAUCUGAACCUGUGACUGGAAGACAGGAGCAAGCCAAAUCAGAACUGAUUGUCCUAGACAACUCUGAAAAUGCCAGUCCAGGAGUUCUGGUUGUAGGAAGCCUUCCUCCCUUGGGGCUCGAUCAGACAUCAUAA